GCUCAUUUUCAAGUUUUUCAACUUUGAAAUACUAUUUGCUAGAAAUACUCUCUGCUCCAAAUCGCCUUAAUUAAUUAACCAUGGUGAAGAGCAUCAUUGUCAUCGUAGCUAUCCUAUGCCUCAUCUCUCUACCAAAUCCAACCGUGGGAUCACAAAAGAAACCGUGGCCUAUGCCGUCUGACCUAGCCAACCACAAUGGAAAGUUUGGUGACUCUAAGAUUUCUUGGGCUUGCUCCGAGGUCUCCGAUCCAAAUGCUCCUCCUUCACCUCCUGGCUCAUUCCCCACUAUCCCAAACAUUCCAGGGAUACCAAACAUCCCACAGAUUCCAGCGAUACCAAACAUCCCUCAAAUCCCACAGAUUCCAGGGAUACCAAACAUCCCUAUCCCACAGAUCCCAGGAAUACCGAACAUCCCUAUCCCACAGAUUCCAGAGAUACCAAACAUUCCUAUCCCACAGAUCCCAAGUAUACCGAACAUCCCUAACCUUCCUGGUCUUGGAGGAUCAUUUAGCCCGUUCCAGUCUGUUCUCGUGUCGCAGUCCGGUGAGUUAAAGAAGUGUUUGACUGGGGAUAAGUCGAAGGUGUCAGAGAAAUGUUUCUCGCAGGUGUUUUCCAGUUGGGCAGAGAACGACUUGGCUUUGGACAAGGAGUGUUGUGAGAUCGUUUUGAAUAUGGACAAGAAGUGCUAUGGCCAUCUCCACAUGAUGUUCAAGAGCCAUUUCUUUACUCCUCUCCUUCAGUACUCUUGUCACAUCAAGCAUGCCAAGAAGAACUAAGCUCGUCUCCUCCGUUUUGGAUUUUCUUUCAUUUUCAUUUAGUUUUCUGUUAGGGUUUGUUUUGUUUUGUCCAUUUCUAAUGGACAUAACUUGAUUAGUUCUUUGUUUAAUUAAUAAAAUAGUAGUUUUUAACUA